CUAGAUAUGUCGACUCCCGAGUUUCCUAUGGGACGAAAACUUCUGGUAAUCGCAAAUGAUGUCACCUUCAAAGCUGGUUCGUUUGGUCCUAGAGAGGAUGCAUUUUUCCUUGCUGUUACUGAACUCGCUUGUGCCAAGAAGCUUCCCUUGAUUUACUUGGCAGCAAAUUCUGGUGCGCGACUUGGGGUUGCUGAAGAAGUCAAAGCCUGCUUCAAAGUUGGAUGGUCAGAUGAAAUUUCCCCUGAGAAUGGUUUUCAGUAUAUAUACCUAAGCCCUGAAGACUACGAACGGAUUGGAUCAUCUGUCAUUGCCCACGAAAUGAAGCUCACCAGUGGGGAAACAAGGUGGGUAAUUGAUACGAUCGUUGGUAAAGAAGAUGGUAUUGGUGUAGAGAACUUAACAGGAAGUGGGGCAAUAGCGGGUGCUUACUCAAGGGCGUACAAUGAA